AUGGAAGUUGUUCCACUUUCUCAAACCUGUUUUCCAACCUCACGUCCUUCUGUUUCUUGCUGCCAAAGCCUUAUUACGCGCCACCUUGAUGUAAGAUGUUCGAGAGUGUGGUGGUCUAAUAAUAAUUUGUUACUUAAAAACACGAGAGUGAAAAUGGCUGCGGAGUGUGCCACCAAUUUGGGACCUGUGGAGGUGACGAGAUCAUCAGAUCAUUUCGAUGACGAGAUGGGCGACGACGCUGAAGAAGUGGCGGAAUGGAUGAAAUCCGGGAGGUUGAAGGAGAAGUGCGGCGGAGCUGAGAGAGGAGUGGUGGAAUUGCUUGAGUGCUUGGAGAGAGAGGCCAUUAUGGGGGAUGACCAUGGGAGAGAACCAAAUGAUUACAAUCGAAGGGCUCAGAUAUUCGAUAGAAGCUCUAGAGUUUUCCAGGCUCUUAGGGAACGUGACACUAAUACUACAACUCCUGCUACUGUUGAUGGUGUCUAACAAUCUUGGUCUGUUAAUGUCGUAGAUUAUGUUUUCUUCUUCUAUUUCCCCUUUUCUGUUAUUAUGGUAAUAAGAAAAGAAAAACAAUUUAAUUACUGUGAUA